UCCCCCACCUCUAAACGCCACUUCCUUUCACUCUCCUUCUCUUUCUUCCUGCCGUCGCUGUCUCCUCUUCAACUGAACCCAAAAAACCAAACUCCACAGUGUCUCUCAAACACUAAACAAAACAAACUGAAAAAAAUAUCCCCAUGGAUCUUCACGAUACGACCAACGUGUUGUUCAGCAAAAUCAAGAGUUUAGACCCAGAAAAUGCUUCGAAAAUCAUGGGUUACAUCCUUAUUCAGGACUUGGCUGACAGGGAUUUGUUGCGUUUGGCCUUUGGUCCUGAAACCCUUUUGCAGUUCCUUGUGUUCAAGGCUAAAGCUUACUUGGGACUUUCUUCAAGCACUUUCUCUACUCCUCUGAACCCGAUCUCAAGACCCAACAGCUCCAACUCCAACAAUUCACAAAACCCAUUCCCUCCAUCGUCUCCUGGUUUCAUUCCACGAAAUGGGUUCUUAGAGUUUUCGAAAAAGGCGCCUUCUUGGUCUCCUGCUAGUAGCCCAAAGUCGAGUCCUUUUCUCUCUUAUGAAAAUAUCCGCUCUGGGUCUCUCUUAGUUCCUUCAAGGACUGGGGAUAGCAACACUGAUUUCAUCGAUGAGAACCAAAUGAGUGAUUAUUUUUCUUUCUUGAACGAUUCUUCAUCUUCUAAGAACGAGGACUUUGUUGGUCAUAGGAGGAGUUUUUCUGCAAGUGAUGCGUGUUUCGGAGCAACCGAAGAAGCCGGUGGUCUCUUGGGUGGUUACAAGCCUUGUCUUUAUUUUGCUAGAGGGUUUUGUAAGAACGGUGAUAACUGUAAGUUUUCACAUGAGCUUGGUGGUUUAACUGAUAAUGUUGACGUCACUGGUGCCAUUGUUGGUUCACCUAGUAAAAUGGACCUUCUUUAUCGUCAACAUGAGGAAGUGAUGAGAGUGAGAGCUGCUGCUCAUCAACAUCAGCAAAGGCUGGCUGCUGCUCAGUUGAUGGCUGGUGCUUCUUCUCUCUUGCGUUGCGAAAAAAACACGAAUUUUCUUUUGCAACAGCAAACUGAUGCCCAGAGAGCUGCUGCAUUGAUGGUUGGUGAGGAAAUUUGCAAGUUUGCCCAAGGCCGAGCUGAGAGGAAUAGUUUUUUCGCAAUGGGAUUGGCAGAGAAGGCUAAUUCAGCUUCAAAACAGAUUUACCUGACUUUUCCAGCUGAUAGUAGUUUUAAAGAUGAAGAUGUUUCAAACUACUUCAGCAUGUUUGGACCAGUGCAAGAUGUGAGGAUCCCGUACCAGCAAAAGCGAAUGUUUGGUUUUGUUACUUUUGUCCAUCCGGAGACUGUGAAACUCAUUUUGUCCAGAGGAAAUCCCCAUUUCAUUUGUGAUUCACGUGUGCUUGUUAAGCCCUACAAGGAAAAAGGAAAAGUUCCUGAGAAGAGGCAACACCUGCAACAACAAUUUGAGAGGGGGAACUUAUCUCCUUGUUCAAGCCCUUUGGGGCUUGAUUCUAGAGAGCCAUAUGACCUUCAUGCUGGGGCAAAGAUUCCGUACGAUGCACAAGAGAUGAUGUUUAGAAGAGAACUGGAAGAGCAAGUUGAUAUCCGGCAAGCUAUUGAACUGCAAAGGAGAAGGUUCAUGAACUUGCAACUUCCAGACUUCAAGAAUGACGGUAUUCAUCAUCACCAACGCAGCCUAUCCGUUGGUGCUUCUAUUUCCUUGCCUGCAUAUUCUCAUGCAGGUCAAAAUGUUGAUCCAUCUGACAACAUUAAACAAGAAGUCUCAGAAGCAGUCAAUGGUGAUAAUACAGCUACUGUUCCCUCCAUCAUUAAUGCUGCUGAGGUGGAAGAAGUGAAAACAGCUUGUGUUCAAGAAGCCGGUGUUGGAAAUAGCCAAGGGUAUCCCAGCCCCAAAGGUGUUGAGCAUGCACUUCCCGAUAGCCCUUUUGCUUCCCCUAAGAAAUCUACUGAAAAUCACCUCUCUGAGCAUCCGGCUUUGAUGGGACCAAAGGAAAGUUCUGCUUCAUGUGCCGCUUCAUCUUCUGAUGAUCCAUUACGGCCCAUCGCUUCCACCAGCGGCACAACCUCUGUUUAAGUUAUCUUCUACGUGAUGCCAAGGUUUAAUGAUGGGCAUGAAAAGCUAAUGAACCGUAGGAAAUAAAGGUGCAGAAAAGUAGAGAAGCAUAUACUAGAAGAAAUCCCCUAGACGUGUAUAGUCAGAUUCAUAUACUGAAGAGUAGAUCCUAGAGAAUAUCUCAACAAUAUCAUCAUCGUCAUCUUCUUCUUCAAUACAAUACCCACUAACAGCAAGUGCAUAUCGGAACCGAGUCUCGAACGAGCUUAGGGCUUUUCUCUUUUCUCCUUUCUCCUUUCUUUUGUAGGUAUAUGUAUUCCAACAGACAAAAUCAGAAAACCAAAGAUAGUGAACUCACUGUGUCAUCAAAUCUAUGCGUCUUCUUUCACCUAUGUAUUCCAACAGACAUUGAUGCCUGAAAUGUGUAAACAUUUAAUUUGGAAACAGCAGUUGCUUGGAAGUUAGUGAAA